AUGAGUGGGUCCGAACCUAGCAAAUGGCUAGUGACUACUUUAGUCCAUGAUCGGAAAGUCAGUGGCGCAGACAUUGGACGUUUUCUUAACGCAAACCAGCAAUGCUUUGCAGUGGGAGUUGGAAGGACUGUUGUACUGCUGGAUGAAUCAAAAUUCUCUGAAAUCCGCCGAUUUGAUACAAGUGAAAUGUUGCAGUCUGUUAGAUUUGUGCGAUCAAAUAGUCAGACAGAAAACAGCAACCCCUUGAAUGCAACCACAUCAACUGCACCUCAAUCCCUUGACUCCCUAUUCACUGUGGCCUAUUCAGGAUCUGUUGAUUUGUGGAAGUACAACCAGGCAGACGGAUCCAUUUCGAAAACCGAACUAUUGGAUGCAGAACAUUCUGGAGAGCCUCCUUAUCACGUCUCGUCUUGUCAAGGAUCGUUCCUUGUUGUUGAUCGCCGCGGAAACUUUUUUAUGUGGAAUUCGAGUGAUUUGAGUCAUCCAGUUCUUGGAAAUGCUGGAAUCACCAAAAUUCGUUACGUUGGAAUGAUGAAUCCGUCGGAAUAUUUGAUCCUAGCAAGAACUGUUAAUAUGGGUACCCGAGUGAAACAAUAUAACCUUGGAGGACGAGCUGUUGAAAGAUCCUUUGAGACAGCUUUUAACAUUGUCUUGCCAAACGUUUUUAAGAACACGCAUAUGCUUAUCGGAUCCAACACUAUCAUGUUUGCCUCCAGAGAUGCCACUGUUUGUACUGUUUUGAUUGGAGACAAUGCGGGUAGAAUGUUCUUGGGCCAAUUCCGUCGAUCGGAUUCCACCGGACCCGUGAACUAUGAAAUCCGCUGUAUUGGUGCUGAGAGAACACGCCCGACUUUGCUAACCGCACUCAAGCACAACUUGGUUUUCGUGGCCACCCGCAACGGAGCGGCGGGGUUUGUUCGAGUUGGUAUGCAACACAAUAAGAAAUACAUGCAUGUCAGAAAUAUUGAUGAAUGUGAGAAAAUCAAUGACCUGGUUUCUGUUGAGACCGAUAUCGAAUCUUACCUCGUUGCCGCCUGUGGACAAGAAAAUAGUGGAGUCGUUCGCGUGUUCAAACGAUCAGUUCGUUUUGAACAACAUCAAUCCUAUCAUUUUCCUAAUAUCCAACGAAUUUUCUCAGUGCCACAAGUUCUUGGUUCAAACGAAAAUGAAUUUUCCGAUAUGUUGGCGCUUUCGAGGAAAGAUGACACAAGAUAUAUUGUUCAUAAUGGUACACAAUUCGAGACAUGGGAUCAAGGAAGGCCGUUCAGCAAUCUCGAGACAAUUCAUCUGGCAUACUUGGUACACCACAAGUGUAUUGUCCAAGUCAUUCCACCGGGCGUAAUCGUUUUCAAGUAUAACGAUGCCACAAACCAAUGGACACAGUUGUGUAGCUACCGUAGCCCUAUUGGAACCAUCAAACUAGCUGACGUUGAUGUCGUGUCCGGUAAUAUUAUUACGUGCAGUGGAAACGAAGUGUCGAGAGUUAGAUUUGGACAAGAACAAGGAAAGCCAGCCUUCCGGGAGAAACGGCGAAAACUCGAUCAAAGUGAAAUUGAUUAUGGAAAAGAUAGCCAAGAAGAUAGUCAAGAAGCAGGAACUAAAGUCGUUACAUGUCUCGCACUACUUUCAAAGGAUACUGUCAACUACACAGCCUCGUCGGAGCAUGUACUUCUAGCACUGGAACACUCAUCUACGAUUCUUGUUUGGAACGUUCGAACAUUACUCUCGGCAAUGAAAUUCUAUACAAAUAUCUGCUCACCCAUCUCAAUAACAUCUUGGAUUGAUAACUUUGUCGUGGCUGAUAGAACUGGAGGAUUGUACAGAUGCUCAGAGUACAGUGUGGCUAAUCAACACCAAGGAACGUGGAAGAUGAUUUCCACUCGAGCUGCGGAAACAUUUCACAAUAUGAACGGAUUUGCCAUCACUGCAUCUACAUAUCCGCGAAUCAUCUUCAGUAAAGUUGGCAAGUUGGAGACACAACAACUAGGUCUCGACCAUAUCUUUGGAGCAGCUGCCGUGCGUGUCAAAAAUCAUGGAGUACUGUAUGUGUUGGCCACCGACAACAACGUGAACAUGGGAAAACUUCUUAACAGGGCGCAAACAGUCAAUGUCGAUGAAAAGCCUGAGAAAUUGGCUUUCCAAAAGAAAACAAAGACUAUUGCUAUGGUCACAUCGCGUCGUCCUGAAAACGGGACUGCAAUUAUUCGUCCUCACCGACUGUUUAUUCUCGAUGCUGCUUCGUGCCAACAACUAACAGUUUUGAACCUUGAUCAUGAAGAGAAAUUUAUUUCAAUUACAUCUGGUCAGUUCGGGCGCAAUCAAAUUGAGUAUUUUGCAAUGGCUUCUAUCCUGAAAUGUUAUACUGAUGAAGCUCAGAAUCGCGUCUCUCUAUUCAAGUUUGACGUACGAAGCAACACUUGCAAAAUGACUCACUAUUUGAUCAUUCCUGAUGCGCCGAAAUUCCUCAAAUUUGACAGAUACAAUCUCUUCGUGCUCACAGCAGACAAAAAACACACAGUUUCAUUGACGAACGGGAAACUCAUAUUUGCGGCGACAAUCGAUGUGACCGGAGAAGUUGCUCAAGAAGUUGCUUCUAGACCAGUUCAACCAAAUCUAGUGAGGGCAGCUAUCUCCGACGACAUGAUCACCGUUGUCGACGCCAAUUAUGAACAAGACCAGUGUUACCUUGACAGUCGAUUCAUAAACGAAACGCUCAAAAUUGGAAGAGACAAUCUUCCCCGUGGAUCGUACUGGCUUGGUGCAGUUCCGACACUGCUGAAAUCGGAUAAAAUAAUCUUCGAUGAACAAGAAAUGUUCUUCGAGGAACAUAUCUUUGCAUCUGGUGAACAAUUGUAUUUUGCUACGGGUUCGGGAGCAAUUGGAAGUGUGCUUCGUUUGAAUGCACGGUGGAGCCGUAUGCUCCAUGACCUCGUCAAUGCCGCAAGGACACAACCCUUGCGCGGAGAUCUGGCGAUUCUCCAGCAACUCAAUUAUGAGCGACGAGGUCGUUCGCCAUCUGAUUACAUUGACGGAGAUGUUCUAACUUCGGAUAUGUUCUCAACACCUACGAUGAUUCGUCAAAUUAUCGAUACAAUUGAUGACAGUGUCAAAAUGCAAUGGAGAAACGGCUCGGGAAAGCAACCUACUAAUGAUUAUGUCAUCGAAUGGAUCUUGCGCCUCCGUGAGAUGUUCGUAUUCUCCGAGUACUGA